AUGUUCCGCUCGCGUGGCGGCGAGUAUGUGCGGCAGGCGUGUUGCCAGCUGCUCGCCGCCGUCGCCCGCCGCCACCUGAAGAUGCCGGAGACCGUUGAGGUGCAGAAGGUUGGCGGUGGUGUCGCGCGCGCCAGGACGCUGGGGAAGCUACAAGAAUUCUUCGAAGACACGUGGAAGCAGAUACUCGAAUGGCUGCAGUUUGACGCGGUGAAUGCAUACGAGACGUUCGCUGCGACGUACUACAGAGAAUUCAUCGUACCGUUCCACCACAAGGUGCUAGAGAAGAUGCUCGAUGGCAGCUCGGAGGAGCGCAACCCCAUGGAGCGCCGCGGGAACCUCCUCGCAAUGGGCGCUUUGCACUGGGGCGUCAUUUCGGCUGCACCACCGCCUGAAAUGGGAGAGUCGGUUUAUUUUCUGCUCCUGUUGCGCGCCACAAUGGCAGGCACAAAGCUCGAAAAUCGAAAGGACGCGCAAGACGCGGAGUCGCGCCGUAAUGCUGUUCGGUCUUUGCGGAAGAUACUCCUUCGCAUUCCUCCAGGGACUCCAGAAUUGACACCAGAGCUGUACGAGCUUGUUGUGCAGCACAUCCUAGAUACACUUGACGACUACGCCGCAGACCGCCGUGGCGACGUCGGCUCCUUCGUGCGUCUAGAGGCCAUUGAAACCCUCCCCGCCGUGGUGCAGUACGGUCUGCGCUGUGCCUUGUGCGGUCCGUCGGUGGCGUUGCGUGCUGUGCAGGCGCUGCUCAAGCAGGCGAUGGAGAAGCUCGACCGGCUGCGGGGACGAGCAGCUGUUGGCCUGAUGCAACUCGCCAAUACACCUGGCGCACUUCCCGACAGCGAGGAGGAGGCUGACGUUGCUGUAUUGCGUCGUGUACUCUGCGAAGACGCAUUGACAGAUUGGGCGUCGCCGCAGGUCGUCUUCGCGGCGAUGGCGCGCCCACUCCUCCAGACUAAAAUGUUCGCGCCUUGUGUUGUGGAGGGACUGGCGGUGUCUGCCGGAUCACUGUCGGUGCACAUCGUGCAGCCCGCGAUGGACGCGUUCCUCCACGCCUUUCGUGCAUCCGAGGAGGAUAGCGUGUGCCUCUCGCAUGUGCUGAUUGCCGUUGCGGCGAAGUACACCCACAAUCAACGCGUCGUGGUGCCGUUGUGCGUCACGAUUGACCGGCUUCUCAACGCCGGUGUCUUGGACGAGUCGCGCCACAUGGACGUGGUGGAGAUCCUGCGCCACGAGCUGAAGCACUUCGCCACCAACAUUCACGUCCUGUUGCCGCUUGUCGGCGUGCUCGGUGACCUCUGCCGCAGCGCCGUCCGCGAGGCACGUGAGGCGGCGUGGGCGCUCAGCCUCGUGAUGCUCGCAAGCCGCUACCCGAAGGUGCGUGCAAAGAUGGCGACCGACAUGUACACCGCCCUGCUGGUCCUCACCUCUGCUGAGGAGGCGGGUGCGAUGGAGGGCUGCUCGCGGGCAAUGCAGCACCUCGCGGGGACGCAGUGGGAUGCCAGUGAUGCACCGAAGGUACGCGGCGCGCGGGACGAACUGUAUGAGAUGCUCCACAUCACCCGCCCCUCCAAGGAUGCUGCGAGUGACGCGGUGGAGCGGAAGAAAAAGACGAACCGAGUGGUGGCUGGCUCCUACCUUGCACUUGUGCAGGAGGCAGGUUACUGA